GCGCGCUUCGUCACAAAACUAGUCAGCCAGCGUGAUCCUCAGAUCCCAACACUUCACCGGAGCGGGGCCACAGUUACUCGGGCGACGGAAGUCCGCGGGCGCCGAAGGAGGUCGACCGCCGUUGUAGUACGUACAAACAAGCACACGGUACGACUCGGAUCGACUUCGUGCCACCGCGUGUCCCCGUUUACUGCGUACCGGACCCUGUGGCUGUCCCGUUCCCUCGCUGUGCUUGCUGCUGUCGCUGCUCCGGUGGAGAUCCGAAAGGCAGGGUUCUUCGUGAAUUGACGAGAAGGAGAGACCAGGGACAAUGCAUUCUGCGGUCGUGUCUUGCCUCGUCGUGGUGGCCUGCCUGCUUCCCACUACCGUGAGGGCCUACAAAUCGGGCGCACCUGUCGGCGCGUGCAACAGCGAACUGCCCAAGCACGGCGGAGCGGAACCGCAAGCUACCCAGUCCCCGUACGCCAUCCAGGCUACGCCCGCCAAUAUUAACCAGGGUGGGCGCGUCACUGUGCAAGUGUACGGUAGCACGCCGUUCAAAGGUGUCAUUCUGACGGCCCGCGAUGUGAACACCAGCGAGCUGCUGCAGGGAACCUUUACGCCCGACGCACAGACGAAGACUCUGGACUGCCCCGGAGGAGCCGCGAACGCCAUCACUCACAACAGCAGGGACGAUAAGACACAGGUCGUGGUCACCUGGACUGCCCCGGCCGGAUACACCGGACAGGUGUAUUUCAGUGCCACCGUGGUGCAGUCCUCGUACGUCUUCUGGAAGGGCAUCACUUCCGACGCUGUGUUCAUCCAGUGAACAAUAAUAAAACUAAAGAAACAGCGCGAA